AUGUCUACUUACGCAGAAGUCGCCGCCGAAUCCGGACCCAUUGGAGCAGAGAAAAUCCCUGAGCCUGCUCAGGUGAACAGAACCACCGAACCUCAAGGUAGUGUGGAGACGGUGCCUAAGGAGGACUUUGAGAAGAUUAAAAAGCAGGCGAAGAAGACCACUGAGGAGGCUGUCAAGGCUGGCAAGGAGCAUGUCCAGGACUUUAAGAAGGAAUUGAAGGAGUUGAAGGAGGAGCUGAAGCCUUAUGUUGAGAAGGCCGUGGAUUAUGUCAAGGAUAAGUACGCAGCCACUGCAGCCUAUGUUUCUUCGUGGGUUAACAAGGAUACCAUCAAUGCAGCCGGUCAGGAGUUGCAAAAUCCAGUUGUUGUUGGCCAGCUUGCGGUGAUUGCUGGAGGUGCCACUGCUGGCUACUUCAUUACCCAGGAGAGCGGUCGCAUCAAUUCGGAUAACAAGUAUGUUGUGGCCAUUCAUGCCGGUAUAAUCACUGGAUUGAUUUUGGCCGACGUGUAUGUGUUCCAGCAGUUGUACCCUAAGUACAAGAAGUAA